AUGGCUCCUCCCAUCACUGCUCCCAAAAUAUCUUUUGCCAAUCACUUGGACAUCAGCGUCACGGUCUACGACUCAUUCAGUGACCAAGACAAGACCAAUUAUUUCGGUACCUUGACCUCCAUUGCAACUGUACCAGCCAAGACUACAGCUUCACUACAGCUCAAGCACCCGACCUCUGUCCUCAUCAUCAGCGAUGCAAAGUCUAAUUCCCCCCUUGCGCGCAUCAUCUACUUGCAAGAUGUGAGCACUGGUCCAUUUGCCGUAGGAGAAGCCAAUGUCAAGGCCAUGGCUCAGACCAUGUCUUUCAUCACAUUCAUCACCAACAAUAAGAACGACCCGCUCACGCAGGCCUUCAAUGCCAUCUGGAAAGACACCUCCAAGCCUCAGGUCACGCCCGUGAACAAAUUCUUUGCCCAGCAUGAGCAAUACAAGAGCUGCACGUUUGCUACCUACAUGAUGGGUAUCACAUACACAGCAGAGCAACCCGAGUCCAAAGGCAAGCCUAUGGACCAAGCCUUGUAUUCGCUUAGCACUCUCGCGACGCUGCUGGGCGCAACCUGGCCGGAAUUCCUGCCGGACAUUGUGGUGACCAAGUUUACUUGCAAUACCAACAAUGAUAUCCUCGCUCUUCAAGCUGGGAUAGACCUGAAGAAGCUGCCUGCCCAGUCAGACGAGGCGCUGCAGUUCUUUGGGUCGCUGUUCAACGUCCAGCAGCUCCAGGUCUCGGUCAUGUUCAAUUACGCCGUGGGCUUGAAUAUAUUUGGCACUCGCCUGUCUAUCAGCCUUGAUGCUAUGCAUGUACCCUUUGGCGGUGCGGGAAUCUUGAAUAUCAAUAAACCCACUGCCACCAUUGACAUCAACCCACUCUUCAAGUUUGUCGUCUUCACCGUUACCGGUGACAUGCCGUUUGAUAUAUUCGACAACAAGUUUGAGGCUGACUUGUCUAUGACCAUCGACAACAUCGAGGCCGCCUUCGGCGUGGUCAUCAAGGGAGACAAGGGCCCGUUGCCGGCACCACCGGUGAUGAAGGGCGUGCACUUUGAUUCGUUUGGCGUGGGCAUCGGAAUCAUCUUCGAGCCUCCAAGUGCGGCAAUUGGCUUGUCAGGUCAACUGCACAUUGGUGACGCUGCAAACAAUACCAUCGUGCCUCUUGACGAUGACUCGUUCGUGGUUGUCUGCCAGUUGAUAGAGGAGGUGCCAAACCCUCUUUAUAUCUCCUUCUACGUGCCCAAGAUGCACCUGACGGAUGUGUAUACAGUCUUCACCAACACCCAAUGCCCUUUGGACGUACCGGUGCUAUUUUCCGACCUCUCCUUCCAGUGGUCCGAGAACCCCAUGGAACCUGUCGUGUUGCCUGACGGGUCCCUUUCCAACAUGGGCUACGGCUUCAGCGCAGCAGCCGACAUCUUCGGCUUCGACUUCUACGGCGAUGUGGAACUCAACCUCACCGACGGGGUGAAAGCCGACAUUGAGAUGUCUCCCUUGUCGCUCGGCAACAUAUUCUCGAUAAAGGGAGAUGGCGCCGGCGUUACCUUAAAGGUGGAUGCCAACGGUAAUCCCAUCAAGAACAACCAGAUAAUCACCAAGGCUGCGCAGAAGCAGGCACUCCAAAAUGCAACGACGAAGCAGAUGGUGCCUCCGGGUGGCGCAGUGUUGAAAAUUCAGACGCUGGCCUCGCCCUUCCUGCACCUGAACGGUGCUAUCAAUUUAUUCGAGGUCGAAAAUUGGCACCUGGAUGCCGAUAUCACCUCGAGCGGCAUCAAGUUCGACGUAGGUUUUGGCGGCAUCCUGACUUCCAACAUGAGCUGCACAUUAUCGGAUUUCCACAACCUGGCCGCCUCAUUCCAAUACGGCCUCAAUGACACUAUUUCACUACCCUCAAUCGGCGGUAUAAGCCUCGGCUCUAUGCCCUUGCAGGCACUGGUCGGCGCGCACUUUGCACUAAAUACAAGCUCAUCAGACAUCGUGCUAUCAGUUGGAGGCAGCUUCGAUUUCGAAGGCCUGACGCGCAACUUUGGCGAUUUCACGGCUGACGUUAACAUCUCAAGCGUAAGUGAUCUACUCAACGCCAUCGUCAAAAAUAUCGAGAGCAAUGCCAGUCAGAUAUUUGGUGACCUGUUGAACGAGGCUGGUGCGUGGGCCAAUAAGGUCCAGCAGAAUGUCAUCACAGGCGUUGAGAAUGUCGCAAGCGUCUUGCAAAAUGCCUUCAACCAAGACGCCAACCAGGCAGCCGCUACUAUGAAGGAGGCAGGCUUCGCCGCCAACACUAUAGCGAGUGGUCUGCAAACUGCCUAUGGUAUGUCGGCCACCGCUGUCGCACAAACCAUGCAGCAGGUCGGAUUUGCCGCUCAAGAAGUGGCCUCGGCACUUCAGAGUGUGUUUGGCAACGAUGCUGGGACGAUAGCUUCGGCCCUGCAGACGGCGUACGGCUGGAGUGCCGACCAGAUCAAUGGCCUGCUGGGCCAGAUUGGUUUCAGCGCCGAUCAGAUUGGCCAGGCCUUCCAAUCACUCGGGGGAGAUUUCGAAGACUUGGGUAAAAAGAUUCUCGACCCUUCCAACUGGAACCCUUUCGGUGGCGGUGGCAUUUUUGGCGGCGGGUUUCCCUAG